AUGACAGAGCUAUCUUCAGCAGAAUCAUUAACUAAAUUCAUAAGGUCGAAAGAUGGUAAUAUUGAUAAGAUAGCUAAUAUUUCAAAUGAUUUAAUAAAUGAUAAAUUAGAUGUCUAUUUACCAAAUAAAAAUUCAUUCAUACUAAGUUUAUUAAUUGAUAGAAUAAAUGAUAAAUCAAGCAACCAGUUUUCAAAAUGGAAGUAUAAUAGAAAGAUAUGGAGUUUAUUGAUUAAGGUAUAUGAUUUAAUUGAUGAGAAGAAGGAAAUUCAAAGAUUAAAGAUUAUUGAAGUUGCCAUAAUACUAUUACAAAAUAACGGAGAUUGUUUAGAAGCUGUAUUUGAGGUGAUGGAGCUAUGUUUGAAGCAUUCAUAUAUUGAAAUAGAUGAAAAUUUGGCUAUUCAAUUGCUAAAAAUGUAUGUGCUCAAUGUGAAUAAAACCACUAUGAAAUACUCAGAUUUAAUUCAGAUAAUUUAUGUAAAUACAACACUGAAAUUAAGUCUAGAUGGUUCGAAGAAAUUAAAUACAAAGUUCUUUGAAGAGUGCUGUUUUCCAUUAGUUGAAUAUUUGUCAAGUCAUGAAAGAACCAACCUUGAGUCAAUACUAAUUAAAGAAUUAUUCAAUGCAAAUUCAAUACAAUACCUUGCACCUAAUUUAAACAAAGUUUUAGAAAAGCAAGAUCUAGAUUCGACAUCAAUAGUUUACUUAUACAAAUUAAUAGUCGAUCAAUUAUCUUCUAGUCAUAUGUCAGUUUGUGAAGCUUGUUUUAAUGCAAUCAGUGCUAAAUAUCCAAAAUUAUCAGAACAGUUAUUAUCCAUACUUGCAUCAUCUAGAAAAACAAUAUCUACCGAAUUUAUAGAAAAGAUAUACAAGAAUGAAAUUAAAGAUAAACAGUUUAAAGAUUUGAAUUGGUCAAUGGUAAAAUAUAUUUUUGAGAUAGAUAAUGAAAUAGCUACUAAAAAGUCAAGUUUCUUGUUCAAGAAAUAUAAUUCUGGUUUCGAAUUAGAUGAUUUGGUACUACCUGUUUCUGAAGUAAUUGUUGAUUCGUAUUUGAAAAGUAGAGAAUUAGUUGAGUUUUUAACCGAAGUGUGGCCAAGAGCAAUUAAAAAAGAUGAAUUAUGGGAAUCAUCGAGAUUUAUAAAUAUUGUUUCAAAGACAAUUAAAUCUUUAUCGAAUAAACAAUUGAAUAGUGUAAUUGAAUUGGUGUUUAAAAUGGAGGAGGAAAAUUCUCAAAGGACUAUUUUUGAAGCUAUAACUGAAGGUUUGAUAGAAUCAAAUAAUGCAUUAAUAGACUCAGUAAAGGAAAGUUUUAUAAAUAAUUCUGAAUUUUUCAAUUCUGGAAAGGAUGAAUUUUGGCAUAUUAGAUAUAAUUUGUUAUGUUUAUAUGGGGUUGAUUAUGAAAUGUCAAAGGUGUUGUUAAAUGAAGUUGAUUAUGAUUUAUAUUUUCAUUAUAAUAUCUUUAGAUUGAUUGAGUUAAGAGAAUUAGAAGAAGUUUCAGUGGCUAGACAAAGACAAUUUCUUAGUUUCAUAAAUGAUGAUGAGAAUGUUAAGUUAAUAUCACUGAUAUUCGAUAGAUGGAUGAUCAUAUUCAAUAAUUAUUUUAAUCAAGAGACUAAUAAGCAAUUAAUUGAAAUUGCAUUAACAGCUGGAGUAUUUGAUAAUCCGAAUCCAUUAUUAUUCGAACAACCAAAGUUAACUACCAUCCUAAUUCAAACCAUAUUUGAAAAAUUAUCAGACAAUUUAUUUUUAAUAAUUAAAAUUCCAAUUGUAAGCUUCAACAAGAAUAUCAAAAAAGAAUUAAUCAAUGAAUUGUAUAAUUUAUCCAUAAAGAAUAAAGAUGGAGCUUUACAACAAUUACAGUAUUUAUUACAACAUCCUACCAAUCAAUCAGAACUAGAAAUCUACUUUGAUGCAAUUAUUGAGUUACUCAAAGCUUCAAAUGCCGAAACAAAAGGUUUAACAUUUGAAAUUUGUGAAUCCAUCUGGAUAAAUCAUGUUAAACAGAUUAAAAAUGCUGACAAUUUGAAAUUUAUUGAAGGUUCAAUAUCCAAUCUACUUGAAUAUUUCGAAAAUAAUGAUACUAAAAAAAUAAGUCCCGAAAUUGAAUUCACAUUAACUAUAUUAUCAAACUCAAAUACUAUAGAGUUAUCAGAACUAGUUCAAUUACGUGAAAUAUUUACACGUAUUUGUAUUUCCAAUUUACAAAACUCGGAUGAUUUAUAUAGCAUUAAUUGGUAUUUAUGGGCUUUGACGAUGGUAAAACCAAAUAACAUCAAGUUACAAAAUAUACUUUCAGGGUUAAAUAAUGAAGUUAAAUUGAAUCCAUUGAUCCAAAAAACAAUUUUUAAAUUCAUUUGUGCUACCUUGGAUGCCAAUUAUACAAAUUCAAUUUUCAUACUAAGUUUAUUUAUAGCUUUAGGUUUUAAUGACAUAUAUGAAGAUUUAAGAACCUAUUUAAAGAGAUUAUCAGUAAAUGAACAAGAUUACAAGAAGUCAUUUGAAAUAUUCAUACAGUCUUCAACUGACUCAACAGAUCUGAUUGAUUUAUCUAUACAAAUAUCGUGUGCAUUUUUAACUACAACCACCAAACAAUUUGAAUUGCCAUUAGCUCCAUGUUUCAAUUUAUUCAACAAUUCAUAUGCCUCAGUUUUAUUAAUCUUAGAUACUUUAAAAUCAUUGCUUGUUGAAAAAGCAUGGAUAUUCAAUCAAUACUUAUUAGAAUUUACAUUAUCUCUUAUAAGUUCAAUAAUUCAUAAACUGUCAACAUUUGAAAAUCUGGAAUUGAUAUAUAUAAAAUCAAGUCAAGUCAUAUCUCAUAUAUUAUUAUAUCAUAGGUAUAAAUUAUCAACUCGUCAUAAUUUAUUAAUCAAUUUAAUAUCAUCAUUUUUCACUCCAUUAACUAAAAAUCAACCAUUGGGUCAUAGCUUAAAUGCAGCUGAUUCUUUUAUUAGAUUGUUGAGUAAUUUAUGUGAACCACAAGAAAGAUCAAAAGAAGUGAAUUUAACUACACAAUCUGACCUUUUUAAAAAAUCAUUAAGAAAACAUUUACCUAUCCUACUUACAAAUUACAUAUUUUUAAAUUUGAGAUUCAAUUUUGAUAAAUUAAUAAAUGAUAUUUUAAAAUCUGGAAUAUUUGUCAUUUUUGAUGUCCUAUCACAAACUGAAUUGAAAUCUGUCAAUGCAGCAUUAGAUUAUGCUGGAAGAUCAUUUUAUAAAACGUUAUAUGCAGAUUAUGAAGAUCAUGGGAAAUGGAAAGAUAAUUAA